UCUACAGCCCGCCCCCCGCCGCAGCGGAGCAGCUGGGUGAAACCCAGGCUGUACAGCUAAUGGUGAAGGGGCUACGGGCAGGCCAAGGAAGUCGAGGACCUAGCGCUGUGGUCCUGUGUGCCCACCCCUCGUUUCCUGGCACCAAGGCUGUUCGAGCCCAGUGUGUUUUUUACUUGUCCCUGCCACCUCCCAGACUCUUGGCCCAACAUGAUACUGACUAAAGCCCAGUACGACGAGAUAGCCCAGUGCCUAGUGUCUGUGCCUCCCACCAGGCAGAGCCUGAGGAAGCUGAAGCAGAGGUUCCCCAGGUUUCCAGAGUGUUCUUCCUCUACCCCCAUGUUAACAGGAAACCUACUUUUAGUAAAUUAUGGUGAAGUCCUUAGCUGGUACUGGGAACCAAGUCAAUCGCAGGCCACUCUGCUGAGCAUCUUCUCCCAGGAGUACCAGAAACAUAUUAAAAGAACACAUGCCAAACAUCAUACUUCAGAAGCGAUUGAAAGUUAUUACCAGAGGUACCUGAAUGGAGUGGGGAAAAACGGAGCUGCCCCGGUGCUCCUGGAGCUGGCCAAUGAGGUGGACUACGCACCCUCAUUAAUGGCUCGGAUUAUAUUGGAGAGGUUUCUACAGGAACAUGAGGAAACUCCACCCUCCAAGUCUGUUAUAAAUAGUAUGCUACGGGACCCUUCUCAGAUUCCAGAUGGAGUUCUAGCAAAUCAGGUCUAUCAGUGCAUUGUGAACGACUGCUGUUAUGGACCGCUGGUGGACUGCAUCAAACAUGCUAUCGGCUAUGAGCACGAAGUCCAGCUGAGAGACUUGCUUCUAGAGAAAAACCUGUCCUUCCUAGAUGAAGAUCAGCUCCGUGCAAAGGGUUAUGACAAAACACCAGACUUUAUUUUACAAGUACCCAUUGCUGUAGAAGGGCACAUAAUUCACUGGAUUGAAAGCAAAGCCUCAUUUGGUGAUGAAUGUAGCCACCACGCCUACCUGCAUGACCAGUUCUGGAGCUACUGGAAUAGAUUCGGGCCAGGCCUGGUCAUCUACUGGUACGGGUUCAUCCAGGAGCUGGACUGCAACCGGGAGAGAGGCAUCCUGCUCAAGGCCUGCUUCCCCACGGACAUUGUCACCUUGUGCCACAGUGUGGCUUGACCCUGAUGGUCCUGGAAGAGGAGCUGGGAGGAAAAGGUGAAUCCGGAAGCAAUUUUACUUUCCUGCAGCGUCAACUGCUGGCAACAUCUGCUCUGAACUCCAGCUGAACUCUUGCUGCCCGUGGUCACACCACUACCUCUUUAGACAAACAUAUCAAGAGUUUCUGUUUUCCUUCAUCCCUUGCUGAUGUGAACAGCCAAGAACUACAGACACAACCCACUCAUUAUCAGCAUUUCUGUCUCUGUCAAACAGUUCGUUUAUAGAUACUCAUAAUCUUUCUUCCUUCCAGAUGGUUUCUCCUUGAAUAUUGAACAAAAGAAAAAAUGUGGAAACUGAAAGGUGUGAUUUUUCAAUUCUCCUCCCAGUUACCAAAUCACCCACUUUUUUUUUUUUUCUCCUAAGGCUCCAUUCAUUCUCUCUCCCGCCCGCCUUUCUCUGUGCACACGGAUACCCAGUGUUGCAUUGCCGUCAUGGAAUAAUCGAGCACAGUCUUAGCGAAGCUGAAGACGUCAAGUCUGACGCUGAAUUUCCGCCCUCACCUGCAGGACCCUGCCAGGCCGGUGGGCGGCCCGCGCUGUGUGCUCGUUCGGUCCAGUCUUUACGGUUUCCUGACUUCCAUGGCCUGAAGCCAAACUGAAAAAUACACUUGAUGAGAAUUUCCUCUUUUUAUAAUACUUACUUGAACACCAAACAUUUUUCAUUUAUCUAAUUUGGAAGCAUGAGUUACAUUGUGUCUGGAAACCACACUCCUUCGCUGGAUGGGGGCCGCGGGAGUUGAUGGAAGCUCGGUGCCAGCUUUGACAAGGGUUUCUUUCUUAACCUGGCUGGUUGUCAGUAUGUAUGAUAGUAUUUUUAUGAGUAAACUUUUUUAAAAGUGCAGUCGGUACACUGCUUUUUAUCUGCAUUUUAUACCACAUAAUUAUGUAACACUCAAAUAAUUUAGGCAAUAGAAAUAUUCAGCUUUGAAUGAGUGAAGUGUACCACAAAUAAACUUAAGGUGAUUUUCAAUAAGCAAAAUAAAGGAGAGUUUGUAUUUGUUCACUUUAAUCUAUUUACUUUUUAUGCUGUAAAUCAAAUUUCAGUCUAAAGCAAAAUGUCAAUAAAUUCAUUAUAAACCUAUAUUUUGGAAAGUAAAAGAUAAAUGGAUGCCCAGAAAUGUAUUUAGUGAAAUAUUUGCCCUAGUGCUGACAAAAAAUAAUGACUUUUAGAAUGUUGAAUUGGUGAGCUUGGAAAUAUUAAUUAAAAUGUAAGCUUUUACAAACAUGUUUAA